CUCGUUCCGUUCUCCGUCUUCGUGGUACUUUGGACUACAACACCCCUUGGGAUGUUAUGGUCGACAUGUUCUUCUACCGCGAUCCUGAGGAAAUCGAAAAGGAAAACGAAGCUGCUGAAUUGGCUGAAGAAAUCAACCGCUUUGACUACGGUGCUACCACUGAAGAUCAAGACUGGACUAUUGAAGCUGAAGGCCCUUCCAGCUUUGCCGCCACUGCUGCUGAUUGGAACACUGAAGCUCCUUCCGGUGAAGUUGGCGACUGGGCUGAGGAUGUUUCUGCUGCUCCUGCCUCCUCUGGCUGGGAUUAAUUUUUUUGCCAUGUUUAAUUGGUUAAUAAAAUUCUCUGUCUCUUUCUCUUUUCUCGCCCUUGUUUUUUUUAAAAAAAAAAAUUGAAAUGCCCAAAGAACCUGUUGAGAAAAGAGCAAAGAUCAACAAGAACCAACCUUUAGAUCUUCCUCCUGUACCAAACAAACCACAACAAUGUCACUUUUUCGUGGCUCGAAAGAGAAGAUACUGCAACCUACCUGCCAAAAAGUCACAAAAAUACUGUGGAGAGCAUUUGGGGCUAGAUCCAGACAAUCAGGCUUCUGAUCUCAAGCGAGUGCCUUGUCCUUAUGAUAAUUCACACACCGUGUUUGAAAAAGAUCUCAAGGUUCAUAUGGAAAAGAGAUGCAAUUCGCGUCCUAAGGGUUUACCUGUCUGUCACUCUCUUAAUGUCAACUGUACCUUGGAACUUUCAAAAGAAGAGCUAGAGUUUCAGAAAAACAUUUACUCACAUCAAAAGAUGUAUAUUCAGCCUUGGCUUGCUCGUGUUCAAUUAAAGACACUGAGCCGCCAGGAACUAGACUCUAUUAUCCAGAAAGUUAGAACAGCCUAUGAACAACAUGUGGGAUCAAUCGAAACACAGAUACUAAAGCAUACUGUCUUUGAGCAAAAAAGGGCAGAAGUACAAUGGACAAAGCAUUUAGAUCAGCAGUCUUCAUUAAUAGGACAUAUGGAACAGAACGGCCUACUUCAGGAUAAAACAGCUAUUUUUAUUGAAUUUGGUGCUGGUAAAGGAGAAUUGUCAGGAUGGGUCAAGAAGGCAGUGAACGAAGUGAAUGGAGAAGCAAGUUAUGUUUUGAUUGAUCGAAAGAACGUUCGAAAUAAGGUGGAUCCUAGCUUAAUUGGACAUACUCAGCAAAAAUCAACGGUACAGCGCGUGCUUAUUGAUAUAAAGGACUUAGUGCUGUCCAAGGUAGAAUGCAUUGAAAGCAAUGAUAAAAAGGUGGUUGCUUUUUCCAAACACCUCUGUGGGUGUGCUACUGAUAUGACCCUCAAGUGCUUGAUGAACUAUGUCGAACACGAACGAACACUGGGCCGUGGUAACCCACUAUCGGGUAUUGUCAUUGCUGUCUGUUGCCAUCAACUAUGCCGUUAUGAGAUGUACCCAAACACAGAGUACCUUGAAUCCAUCCAGAUUGAUAAAACUGAAUUUGCAAGAUUAUGUAAAAUGAGUAGCUGGGGCAUCUGUGGUGAAAGAAAUCAACAGCAGUUAAAGAAAGAAAUAGAAAAGGAAGAUAAUGAUGAAGAAAACCACGGUGAUUUAGAAGAGGAAGAGGAUGCUGAUCAAACAGCAAAUCACUUUUCAGGUUUAGAUCAUUCACAACGAGAGAAGAUAGGAUACCAAUGUAAAAGAGUGUUGGAUGCAGGAAGAAUCAAAUAUUUAGAAAAGUAUGGGUUUGACGCCAAGUUAGUUUACUAUUGCGACCCUUCAACCAGUUUAGAAAAUUGUGCAUUGAUUGCUACACCAAAGAAAUAAAAAUGAGGGCAAGGGUAAAUUUAUGGGAUUGCAUGAAUUUACUUGUUUUUUCCCAAAGGACAGUGCAGUUUUGUUUCUCUUGGUACCUUUGGAAACAUUAAAAGCAAUAUGAAUAGCUACUAAAGUAACAAUAACCAUAGUAAUAGCAACUCUAUAGUAAAGUAUUUUAAUUGAAGAAUACUUUGUUUUCAUUAAGUAAAGCAAAAAAGAAAAAGAAGAGA